UUGAAUGACUAGCCAGGAACACCAAGUUUCACUGUGGAAUUGGGUUCCCCUACUCCGGCGCUUCCUUUGCGACGCUCUCUGGAGAAAAGCACGCCCACUGCACGCGCUCAAUCGCUACUUCCGCUCUCCAGUCUCUCCAAGCAAGAUGGCGGAGGAGCUGCAGUCUAUGUUGCAGCUUCCUCCCUCAGGUGCUGCUGGAGGGGAAGGACUUACGGAGGUCUCCCCAGAAACAACCACCCCGGAGCCCCCGUCUUCCGCUGCAGUUUCCCCGGGAACAGAGGAACCUGCUGGCGACACCAAGAAAAAAAUUGACAUUUUGCUAAAGGCUGUGGGAGAUACUCCUAUUAUGAAAACAAAGAAGUGGGCAGUAGAGCGAACCCGAACCAUCCAAGGACUCAUUGACUUCAUCAAAAAGUUUCUUAAACUUGUGGCCUCAGAACAGUUGUUUAUUUAUGUGAAUCAGUCCUUUGCUCCUUCCCCAGACCAAGAAGUUGGAACUCUGUAUGAGUGUUUUGGCAGUGAUGGUAAACUGGUUUUACAUUACUGCAAGUCUCAGGCAUGGGGAUGAACCACAAAGAAAAUCAACUUGCUACAUAAGAUGGAUUUUCACAGAAGAGACAGCUCUGAAAAGUUUUGCUGCUUGUGGCAAGAGACUUAACAGAUGUGAUCUAUUCAGUAUGUGUUUAUGUUUAUGCAUAAGAAAACAUCCAUAGCAUGAAUGGACUCAAAAAAAUGUGAUUUGUAUUAAUACACCAAUCAUCAUAAAAGAUGGUCAUUAUAGUACACCCAUUGCUCCUACUUGUUACUAUUAUUGCUGCAGAUCUGCCUCCAAGGUUGAAAAGGAGACUAAGACUGUAUAAGCAUCUUCAUUGCCAGUUCUCAAAAUGACUGAAAUUGUUUUCAUGAUAAAAGUUAAUAUACUAAAAGGUUCCUUUUUUUUUAAUGUUUACAUUUAUGUCUCUGUUUACCUUCUUAAAUAUAGUCACAUUGACCUGCUGGCUGAAUACCUCAAAGAGUCCAGUAGAGGGCAGCUCACCAGGCAGAAAAGAUUAGGCACUUUGGUUUCACAUCUUUGCUGCGGAGUAAUAAGGGAAAUGGCAGUUUUUGCUAAUUUUUAGCUAAUAUCUAGCCAGGAGAGCAAGCACGUUGGACAGACUGAAAGACUGUAAUUUUAGACAAUACACAUGGUUAUAUUAUAAUACAAAUUCUGGACAAAUAAGUCAUAUACCUGUUUUCAGUACUAUCAUUUAAGGAUUCUUGAGUCCCAGUCACCUAACUGUGGUGUUAUUCUGUCAUUUAUAGAAAGCAUUCCAGAUCAGCCAUGGUGGCUUACACCUGUAAUCACAGCACUUUGGAAGGCCGAGGUGUGGGGAUUGUGUGAGGCCACAAGUUUGAGACCAGCCUGGAUAACAAGGCAAUUUCCCCAACUCUACAAAAAAAUAAAAAUUUAAAAAAAAUUAUUAAGCUGCAGAGGCAAGAGGAUCCCCUGAGCCUGGGAGUUCAAGGGUAUAGUGAGUCAUGAUUGUACCAUGGCAUUCCUGCUGGGCAACAGAGUGAGACCCCAUCUCAAAAAAAAAAAUAAAUAAAUAAAAGGCAUUCUAGUAAAUCAAAUGGAAUGUGAAUGGAAUUUCAAAACAGGAUCUAAGAUGGUAUGUAGUAGAAUUCCAAGUAGUAUCAUUUUAAAGUUAGAUAAGUUGAGUAUGGAAAAGAUGUGUUCUCUAGUUUUGUCCGCUUCAGUUUACUGAAGGAAUAUAUUUAAUUAUAUUCAUAUAUUUGACAAAUAAAAAUAUGUUGAAUUUUUUAUUAUGUUUGCCACUGAGGUUUCAGAUGAUAGACCUCAAAAAUCGAAAAUACUGGUUGAAUUUGUAGCAUCCAUUUAAUUAUCCUUUUUGACCUAAAUAACUUAAUAGUUUAUUAAAUCUAAGGUUAGCUAAAUAUUCAGCUAACCUUAUUUGUUUUCUUUCCUAACAACUCUGAAGAAUAUACAGGACUUUGCACUUUUUUAUUUUUUUCUAAGAGAAGGAGUUUUGCUCUUGUCGCCCAGGCUGGACUGUAAUGGCACAAUCUCGGCUCAUUGCAACCUCUGCCUCCCGGGUUCAAGUGAUUUUCCUGCCUCAGCCUCCUGAGUAGCUGGGAUUACAGGCGCCUGCCACCACGCCUGCCUAAUUUUUUGUUAUUUUUAGUGGAGACAGGGUUUCACCAUUUUGGCCAGGCUGGUCUCGAAUUCCUGACUGACCUCAGGUGAUCCACCCACGUUGGCCUCCCAAAGUGCUGGGAUUAUAGGCGUGAGCCACCCUGCCGGGCCUGGACUUUGUACUUUUUCAAAUCAUAUUUAGUUAUUUCUUGAUCUUUACUCAAAGAAUCAUUCUGUGCUAAAUUUACAACAUGAAGCAAUAAUUAAGCCUGGAUCUGAUAAGUUAUUGGGUGACUAGAACCUAAAACACAAUUUAUUUUUAAUUUAGACUCUCAAGUCUUACUAAACUUGGGGGGGAAAAUUGAACAUUCAGGUGAUAUUUUAAGUUUUCUUUGUGACUAAAUAGAUGUCAAUAAUGUCAUGCUUUAUUUUACUGUACAUAGAUGACCCAUGGCACACAAAGUAUAUGCAUAAUAUUACAAUUUUGUACUCAGACCUUUAAAAGUAUGCCAGAGACUUCAUAAUGAAUUCACCAUAUUUAAUGAAUAAGGCAAAUUAAUGUUUUAUCUGAAAUCAAAAUGAGAUUGGAUAAUUCCUGGAAUCUGAUUUCUAUAAGUUUCAAUCCUAAAGGGACCUUAAAUAUCUACUAGAAGUACAGUGUAUUCCUCAGAUUAUAUGACAUUAGUCAACCAAUUUAGUUGUAACACAAAGUGGGAAAGUCUUAGGUGUUGAAGGAGUGUGAAAAUAAAAAUAUGCAGUUUCUACUUCAUUUUCCAAGGAUUAUGAUAAUGCUGAGUAAACUCUUGGCACAAAGGAGGAAGCCAGCUACAGACCACAUAAUGAAAACUAUUCAGAAAACAGUUCAGCAAAUAUUAGUAUUUGAAUACAGUUCAAGUCGUAUUUAUAUAAAUACUGUUUCCCUACAUUAUUUAACCCAAACUGGAUUAUUCACUGUUCUUUCAAGAUGCCUUGUGUUUUCUGUUUUCUACUUCUGCUCGUGCUGUUUACUUACACUUUCACCCUUUAAAAUCCUCACUCUUCUUCAAGGCCUGAUUCAGAUUUUAACUUUUUAAAGGCUAUCUGAAUCAUUCAAGGAAAAGGUACCCUUUCAUAAAAACACUUACAGCAAACUACCACUAUUACAGCACUUACUGCAUACUGCCUCAGAGCCAUGUGCCCAGUUAUUCUGGUUUUUAUCUGGUACCCACACACACAUAAUACUAUAUUUCCUUAUACAUAAUCAGUAAUGUAACACAUUGAGUGAAUGAAAUUGUGAUUUGCAAAGUAUGACAGCUAAAAACAGGAAAUUUUGUAUAAAAUUUUUGUACAGCAGAAGGUAAUGGAAAAUAUUUGCAACAUAUGACAGUGCUUUUAGUGUCUUAAAUAUGUGAACAAUUCAUUUCAAUUGGUAAAAAAAAAAAAAAGACCAACUGAAAAAUAGGUUAAACAUACCAAAU